UAAUGAGUUAUCCUCUUUCACCUUAUAAAAGCCAACAUAACCAUUAAGAAUUCUUCACAUAACCACCAAGUUUUCUUCUAAUCCAAAAUGAAAACUGAUCCGCUUCAUUUCUUCCUUUUCUUUGUCUCGCUCUGUGUUAGUAUCAUCAUCAAUCCUGUAGUCCAUAGCAAGUGUAUACCAGACCAGCAACAAUCAUUGCUCCAUUUCAAGAGCGACCUCCUAUUUAAUGCCUCUCUUUCCUCCAAGCUUAUUACCUGGAACUCAAGUACCGAUUGUUGUUCUUGGGUCGGCGUUACUUGCAGCACCAAUGACAGUGUUCUGGGCCUUGACAUCAGCAGUGAAUCUAUCUCAGGUGGUAUUGACAAUUCUAGCAGCCUCUUCCAUCUUCAAAAUCUUCAAAGCCUCAAUUUGGCAGACAACUACCUUGGCAACGACUCUCAAUCAAUUCCAUCAGCAUUCGGGAAGCUCAUGAACUUGAGGAUCAAUCCCGAAGUCGAUAGCAAACCUUACGCAAUUGGUUGACUUGCGGAUGAAUGGAAACAAGUUUGAAGGUCCAAUUCCGUCGUUCAGUGGGGCCAAGAAUCUAGAGUUUAUAGACCUCUCUUGGAAUGGUCUAACAGCAACAACCUACAAGGGAUCAUUCCAGGAUCAAUAUGCAAUUCACAUAACCUUGAGGUUCUUGAUAUGUCCAAUAAUUCCUUGAGUGGAACGGUUCCU